UGAAAACUGUGUCGUCUCCUGCUUGUUUUCUCACUUAUUAUGGAAGCACGAGCCCUUUAAUUGCUGAAAAGUGUGCUAGUUUGUGAAUCAAGUGUCGCCAAAUCGUAUCGAGUGGAAAUUUCGUGAAAAACCCGUCAUCCCGAGCACAUAAAAGAUGUGCGAGCAAAGUAUUAUCGGCGCACGAGCGUCCGUCAUGGUGUACGAUGAUAAUCAGAAAAAGUGGAUUCCCUCGGGAACGUCAUCUGGCCUUAGCAAGGUUCAAAUUUAUCAUCAUCAGCAAAAUAAUACAUUCCGUGUUGUAGGACGUAAGCUACAAGAUCACGAGGUUGUUAUCAAUUGUUCCAUCCUGAAGGGACUCAAGUACAAUCAGGCAACAGCGACGUUCCAUCAAUGGCGUGACUCCAAAUUCGUGUAUGGUCUAAAUUUUUCGAGUCAACAAGAUGCGGAGGCAUUUGCGCGUGCCAUGAUGCAUUCGUUAGAGGUGCUAAGUGGCAGGAUACCGGCGCCUUUGGGACCCGGUAUGGGAUAUGACGACCUCGAUAUGGGAUAUCGGACAAUGACGCGCGAAGAUGCUGCCAUUAUGCAACAAAACAAUAAUGUUAUACCGAACAAUGUGAUCUCGCCGCAAACACCAACAAGCACUCCUCAAAGUCCGCCACAGGGUCAUCAUCGCACCAAUAGUGCCCCGCCAGUUCCGCCGCCAGCGCAACAAGUUCAGCAAAAACCGAAUUAUCAGCAACAGCAAUCGCAACAAGGUCAAAUCUAUGUAUCAACCCAACAAUAUAAUCAACAGCAACAAAUGUACCAGGGACAAGGCCAAAAUAUGAUACCACCACAGCCGCAAAUACCGAAUAGUCAGUCGCAACCGAAUGCUCGUAACGGGCCAAUUUAUGUACCAUCGAACGUGUCAAAAGUAAAUCAGCAGCAACAAAUGCAGCAACAGCCUCCGAUUCCGCAGCAACAACAGCAAAUUCCAAAUCCGCCUAACAUGUUUGCGCCGCCUCCCAUGCAGCAGCAGCAGCAACCGUCACAAGUUCCGCAGGCUCCGCAAGCGCCGCCGCAGCCGCCACAAAUGAUGAAUAACUACGGACAACAACACGUUCAAGCCAACGGAGGAUAUCCAGCGCAAUAUGGGUCGCAAAUUCCAAUGCCACCUCAAGUGCCACAAGUUAGCAGUCCGCCGCAAGCUGUUCCCCCUCCGCCCGAUUUUGGAAAUGGAAUGACUGCUCCAGCUCCUCCACAGCCGCCAGCUGCUCCAAUGCCAAUGGGAGGCGCAGGUCCCCCGCCUCCUCCCCCAAUGCCAAUGGGCGGAGGCUCAAAAUCAAAUGGCAUGGAUAUGUCAUCAUUAGCUGCACAAUUGCAAGCCGCAAAAUUAAAGAAAAGUCAAACGUUACCCAAGGCGGCGCCGCAACCAACAGAAAAUAGUGGAAGCAGCACAUCAAGCGGAGGCAGUGGAAAUUACGGCACAAUCGGUCGUACUACGGGCGGCAUGGCAUCUAUGAUGGAUGAAAUGGCAAAAACAUUGGCACGACGUCGUGCACAAGUAGAUAAAAAGGAGCCGGACUCAAAUAACGACGAUUCGUCGCGUCAACGACCAUGGGAGAAAUCCAACACAUUGCCACACAAACUUGGAGCUAACAGUAAUUCCAGUAAUUCGAACAGUAAUAAUACAGGAAAUGGAUCCGAGUCACCCAAGCCACUGCGUAAACGGUUCGGAAGCGCCAGCGAAGAAACCAUUUUGAAGCAAGUGAACGGAGAAGGAUUUUCAAUUCCAAGUGCCAUUGACUUGGAAAACUUUAAGGCUGAUAUCAUACAAGAAGUGAAAUUAGAAAUCGCAAAGGCGAAACAGGAGAUAAUUGAAGCGAUCAAGUCUGAAUUUAAUCGUAGGUAAAGCUUCUAAUUUAUCCUUUAAGCGACGAAACGCGACGUGAGUAUUUUUUACAACAAGAUUAUCAUUUAUUUUAAAACACUACAAAAUAUAUCUAUACAACAAAAUCAUUCAUUAUUGUACUAAAAAUAAAUUUAGUAAGAAAAAAAAACAUUCAACAAAAUUAAUUAUUGAAUUGAACAAAAAAAAAAUAUUUAUAAAUAAAAAAAGGUUUAACA